AUGUUCAAUGUCUCACCAGCGAGUCGUGACCGCGUGCGUUCUGAGAGUCAGCGCACCCCGCGCCCCCGCAGCUCACUCUCCAUGCCACGUGAAUUGUCCUACACACCCGCCAUAUCUUCCAUUCCUUCGAGCCUGCACACACCGUUUAUUCAAAAGUGCUACGUUCAGGGGGACAAUUCCACUGAGGGUCAGCAGCAGCAGCAGCAGCAACCGCCUGAUCACAUGACUGUCGUAUUUGAAAGUGAUAACAUGCAACUGACAACAACAAGUUUGCUCGGGAAAGGUGGGUUUGGUCGAGUGUACGUGGCCCAGUCAAGUGGCGGGGAGUUGUGCGCCUUGAAAGUAUCGUCGAAACAAAUGACGGAUGGUGACUGGGAGCGGUUGCGCAAAGAGGUGGCGCUUAUGAGUCACUUCUCGCAGCACCCCAACGUGGUGAAGCUAAUUGCUGCCGGUCGAGAUAGGAAUUUUGCGUAUGUGGCGAUGGAGUGCUGUGCGAGUCGGUCGCUGCAUGACAUUAUUAACAAACAUGGUCUCGAAGUGCCAGAAAUUUUGUGGGUCGGCUAUGCACUCAUUGAUACAAUCGCUUUUCUGCACGCCAAGGGUUGCAUACACCGGGACCUAAAGCCACAGAACCUUUUGUUUGACUUCGAUGGAAACCUGAAGAUAAGUGAUUUUGGACUUUCAAGCAACGUUACCGAAUCUGAACCACGGAAGACGGUUGCCGGGACGGCAAUGUAUAUGGCACCCGAAAUUGCUGGCGCAGUGUAUAAACGCAUGACCAACGAUAACAGCUCUAGUUCACUGCGCUACGGUCAGGAGGUUGACACAUGGAGCAUUGGUGUGGUGUUGUACGUCAUGUUGACGCGCAUGAACCCGUACGCGCAGGCGCUUGAAAAUGAAGGUGCACACGAGAUGAACAAGACGCAGAAGACACUCACCUUAUUUAGUGCGGUUGCGGGGGCCGCUUGGCACUGGCCGGCGGGUUGGAGAGGCGACAAGGAACUAAGUGAUGUUGUCAAUCAAAUACUGCAUCGCAAUCCAGCUCAGCGAGCCACGCUACAAGAUAUACUGCAGCACCCUGUUUGGGACCGACGGCCGCUUUCGUGUCCGCUCACGCUGCUGCAAAAACUGAAUUUAGUCGAGCGACGACCGUUUACCCGAACCGGAGCGGUAGGCCGCUCAUGCAGCCGUGCUCCUGAAGGUAUGCAGCCCCAAUAUGCCACCAAAACGGCAGAAGUUGUGCUCCUAGAGGGGCUAAACCAAGUGAUUCAAGUCGAAGAGAGCACUCGUACUCAACUCGUCCUUGAAAGCAAUGAGGUGAUAAAUCUCAUAUUCGGAACCCUGAAGCUGCAUGCCUCAGAGGCUAACGGAAGGCGGUUUAUUGUGAUAGAUGAGAAAGGUUGCCGCAAGAACAUCGAAGACAUGUUGCUGACCACUCGCCCGGUGCGUUGUCGCAGCCAUGAGUUAGUGUCGACAGCGGUGUGUGCAAAACAGCCCAAACGUGGAACAAGGGUCGGUUCCUCAUUAAGGCCGCAAAGGGAAUCCAGUGUUUUGUUGGCGGGUCCAUUAGCUUUCGGCCAGACUCAAGAUGCUGGAGAGAUUGUCCGCGCAGCGUCUGACAGGUACGCUGUGGUGUUCAGUGGACGUGAAACCUCCACACGGUGGUCUCUCCGCAAUGUCAUCUCACUCCCUCGAGAACUUAACGCUGCAAUUGAGGAGGUUACGUGCAUUAACAAACACCAAAUGAAGAAACUUAUCAAAAUACCCCUGGGUUAUGUCGGGUUUGAUUGCAACGUAUGCGACAGUGCGAUUGAUGAUAUUAGUAUCGAGAAACCAGUUUUUCGAUGUCAUAAGUGCGACUACGACCUCUGCAUGAAUUGUGCUUACGAGGGGAAAAUAAAGGACGUUAACUUUGUUUGUGUUUCAUGCAUGAAAAAGUUUGCGUCCUCUUCAAAGCUCGAAGCACAUUCAGCUAAGUGCCGUGGCCCAAGCAUGAGCCCCUCGGCACGCUGCUCUUCCCGUCGAAACACGAUGCUUUGGGAGCAAUUGGAAAACGAGGGCGGAAGUCUGCUGGAUAUCCGGUUGCCUACCGAAACUAAACCGCGACGUAGUGCCCGUACAUCUUGCCGUACCUCCGGUGGUCGAGAGUCGUCGGGUGGUCGCAUUAGUAUUGGUGACAGCUAUGUACCAGGACCGGAGGACUUAGGCACAAUGGUAGUAGCGCACCGUGACGCCAAUUUCCCUGAAAUGCCAAAAUUCUCCACUCAGAGCGAUAGCAAGGCAAGCUCCCCUUUCGGUGAGAAGGAGGGCGCUGAUAAAAAUUAUAGGCAGAGUUUCUCCUUUGAACUUCCCCCUCAGGUUCGGCUCUCUAAACAUCGUAGGGAUAAGGGAGCGGAACCACGGAGUUCGGAAGAAUUGCGCGAGAUUGUAGAUGAGCUUACGCCAACACCUAAAAGGGUGCGUACAGAAGCACGGCAGAAUUCUUGUGAGCCAUAUGCUCCCCAAGUGAAUGACGCAGGCUUGGUUGUCGGCAUUGCUGCGCGGUCUCGUGUUGAAAGGGAGGGAAGUCUGCGUGGGGAACAGCAAUCCCGUAACGUCGUAGUAAUCCGUGCAGACAACGCGGCGAAACCACAAGACCUGCGAAAGCAGUCUCAGGUUCCUCGAAGCGCUUCGUCAAGUCAACCUGGUAGUAGGAUGGAGUCGCAAGCUAUCGAUACUCUCUCGAAGCCGGCCCCUAAGAAUGUGGCAGUACGAGAGUAUCGGUCCGCGUCCGGCCAGCGCGAUCCACUGGUGCCGAGAACGUCACUGCCUUCAGCUCAGACUGGAGAAAUUUUCGGUGCACCGCCUCUCCCACGAAUCGUCACCUCCGGGAGGUCUAGCGUACCACGUUCAAUGUCGUACACAUUGCCAUCUGCUGCUGGUGUUGCGCGACGCCAGACAUCCCAGCCUUUAGUGAACUUACUUGGAGGGGUCCCUGUCGGGGCGUAUGGGGGCGGAUCUUUCAACCCCGGCGAGCGCAAUGCUUCCAUCAGCAACACCAACAGAACUGUUGGACCGGGGCAAGGUGGGACGGCGUACCUGGCCCUUCCUCGGGACAAGCAAAACCGGGAUCGCUUUGUUGAUGACUUCCUAAGCGGGGCGUGGGUAAGGGUUUACUCUUUCAUUGGUUCUGAAGUUGUUGUGAUGUAUUAUUCUGUGCAACCCGGUAGGUACGGUGCCCUCUUCCCCACAGAGGAGGGAGCAGCUACGGCAGUUCUGGACAUACACUCUAAGUUGGUGCUAUACGUGCCGCGUAUGGAUAAGGAUACCGUUACUCGGACCCAGUGCCAUCCGAAUGUUCUAAGUUUCUUUCAAGACGAAAUACGCAUUCUACCCGCUACAAGUGCAGAGAAAACCCUCGGUGGUGUGCUUCGUGGCAUAAUGGGUUUCGUUAGUGAACUUACGAAAUGUCGUGGGGAGGGAGAAAAGUAUGCAGCAGCGCAGUCUGCAUACAUUCACCAACGUGAGAAGGGUGCGGUCCCCGCGGGCACAAAGUUCGCGUAUGUGAGAAAGGCGUUCCCAGAUCCAGCAGGCUCUUUCGUGUUGUUCCGUUUGUCCAACCUGCGGUCGCAGGUAGUUUUUAACAACGCACUCCUAGACAUCCGUUGGCAAAGCGACAAGAACCAUAAUGUUGGGCAAAAGUACUACGUGCGGCCCAACGGCGAGGCCGGACCAUUUACUGCGGAGCACUCAGGUAUCCUCAAUCACGUAAAUUUGGUGAUGCGCAACGUCUACCGGAAAUGA